GGACACAGUCCCACGAUUCAGUCUGUUCUCCUCCCUCCUCCUUGCCCUGAGUAGUUAUUUUCACUAGUACCCCUCUCCCCCCCAAAACAUCCAUUCUGGUCCAACGCUGAGGCAGGGGGUGUGGUGUUACUUCUCAGCACUCCCUUGUGCAAGUCUGAGGAAGAGGAGAGAGUGGGACAGGGGUACUGAACAUCGAGGGAAAACGCAAGUCUUCAUCACCUGCCGCAAACAGCUGCUGCGUUGUCCCCUAAGACGCACCGACAGAACCCAGUGAACAGUCCCAUACAGUAUAUUGGACAUGGAGGCGGGACCUGAUGAGGGAGCAAUGAGGGCUGCGUCUGCCAAGACGACGCCCAGCGACACGUCGUCAGGCACACUGACCAGUCAGCAGCUAGCUGCUAUUGAGGAUGAAGAAGUCCUGAAUAAACUGUUGGAUAAGGCUGUGGAUUUUGAUGAAAGGCGAAUGAUCCGCGCUGCAUUGAGGGACCUGCUCAAGAAGAAGAGAGAGAAGCGAGAGAAAGAGCGGGGGUCACGGCAAGAUGACCUGAAACAGCAGGCUUUGAGUAAAGCAGGCACAGGACGAAUGGGAAUGAACAGAGGCCAGACCAGCAAUCACCAGCCUAAAUCCCACAUGCACAGCCAAUUUCCUGCAUCAACCACCAGCUCCUUGUCUAAGACAACUAGCAGCAUGGCCAACCCAGCUAUCGCAACAGCCCAUCAGUCUUCCCCUGUCGCUGCAGCACCCAACAUGAAAAAUGUCAAGCAGAUGUUACUGGAUUGGUGCAGGGCCAAAACCGAACCAUAUGAGGGGGUGGAAAUCCACAACUUCUCCUCCAGUUGGAGUGAUGGCAUAGCGUUCUGUGCGCUGGUGCACAGGUUCUUCCCAGAUGCAUUUGAGUACUCCAUCCUCAACCCCAACGCACGCAAGGACAACUUUGAGCUGGCCUUCAGUACUGCAGAGAGGCUGGCAGAUUGCCCCCCUCUGCUGGACGUUGAAGACUUGCUCCGGAUGCAUGAGCCUGACUGGAAGUGUGUGUACACAUACAUCCAGGAGUUCUACCGAUGCCUGGUGGAGAAGGGCCUAGUUAAAACUAAAAAGAAACUCUAAAUACACUGUUUCACAAUAUACUUAAAUAUAUGUUGCGUUCACGUGCCAUGGGGAGGGGAUAUAAAAGUUUGCAACUUGCUGCAGCAGCUUGUAAGCACAUAGCUGGGAUUUUGAUUAUUUGUGUGUGGGUGUCUUUGUAUUGUUUUGUGUGUGCUUACACUUAUCUGUGUAUGUUUUCAAAAGACAGAUGGCACUUAGGAUCAGUAUAUUCCACUGAGAUUACACAUCUACAUUAAUCUCAGUCAGAGCCAUAGUGAAUCUGUGAAUGGCUUUUUGGGGUGCUGAGGUGCUGAGCCCUGACUAUAAUGCCUUUUUGUGUGUAGGCUAUGUAUGGAUUAAAGAUACUGUGCAUGAGGUCAAA